AUGGACCUUGAUCUAUUUCGACCGCACAGUCAACGUCGUUAUGUCCAAUCAACCCAAAGGGCUUUGAAGAAAUGCUGCGGCUGCAUUCAUCUGCGGACAGGUGCAUGGAUUUCUUGUGUUCUGUGGGCAGGCUUUUCAUUGUAUUUUGCUAUUAUGUCUUUCCAGAAUAAAAGUCGUAUCGGUCCUAUCAUGGCUUACGGAAUUACCAAUCUUGUGUUGACACUAGUGUCAUUCUGGGGCCUAUUUGCUAUAUUUUAUGAUGAGCCAAAUUUUCUUCGCCCCUUCUCGCAUGCUACUUGGGUGGGCGUCAUGGCUGUUCUGAUUGACGGCUUUGUCAAUGUCAUUAUUUUUAUCACUGUCCACUCUGAUUAUCAAGACUGGUGUAUUAUUGAGUCUGGCAAUUCACUUAUCACGAAAUUCAAUAAUGCAAAUAUCAACCUAACUAUCCCAACUGAAAUUAGAACCCUAGAUCUUUACAACUGCGAAAAGUUGUGGGAUAAUGAAGUCAAGUUUAGCUUCAUUGUUAUUGUUUUUAUGGUCGUAAUCUAUGUAAGGACAAUUCUUUCAUUGUGGACUAUCCGGCUUCUAACAAAUUUAUGUCAGAUCUACUGGGCAGCAUGUAUUCAUUCAUUGAGCCAUAAAAGAGCAGCUAUGCGCAUUAAAGAGCGUAACAUGAUGGAGUACAACGGGCUCCUACCAGGUUCUCUUGGUCCCCCACCUCUUGGUCCUCCGCCUCUUGGUCCACAGCCGCUUGGACCGCCACCUAUUAUUCCUUUUGACCCAAACUCUAACGUCAUCAUUCUCAACAACACCAGGCCUCGAAAGCAAAAGACGUUCUCUUUACGCCACCUUAAACCACGUCGUAAUAGUAUCCACAUAGAAACCAAGCUUGCACACGAAGCUCAGAUCGACCGUUUACGGGACAGAUAUGCUAGAGAUCAAGCUAGAGAGUCAAGCUUGUUUGGGUUCGAUUUUAAGGUUGAGGAUGGCCAUGUGGUUGAUAUGGAACGUCCUUUACGGAAACCCGUACCUGUACUAUCUUCCAACUUAUAG